AUGGCUUCCGCAUUGCCAUUGACUUUUAACCAAGCCGUCCGCGGGACUGCAGAGUUCAUUGAGGUGGCAAUACAUACCAUUCUCUAUGUCCGCCAAGUCUACCCCGCCGAACUCUUUGUACGCAGGAGGAAAUACGAUGCCCCCGUUUUCCAAUCGCGCCAUCCAGCCCUUAACGAGUAUAUCGCUGGUGCUGUCAAGGCCAUCAGCGACGAGCUCGCCCUCGGCCAUGUCGACAAGGUUGUUGUGGUCAUUAAAAGCGCCCAAGAGCAACCUCUCGAGCGCUUCAUCUUCGCCGUCCGCAACACGCUCGAAAUUGAGUCCUACAACAAAGACACGAGCGUCGAGGGGGCAAUCUCGAUAGCCGCCAUGGGCCAGUACUUCCGCUCGGCUCUCGUCAAACUCAACAUGAUCGAGGCGCAGCUCGGCCAAAUGCAUCUCGACGAUAUCUCCUUCGCGAUUCUCCUAGAGCUGCAGGACGACAAGGCACCUUCCGCGAGUCACGGCAAAGAUCCUCCGCCUUGGAUCCCUGGGGCAAGUCAGCAUACCACGUCUGCUGUUUCUGAAACAGCAGAGCUCCACAUGGUACGCGCUGUCGACACCGGGAUCAUCAAUUUAGCACUGGCAGUACAAGAGUCGGAACACAAGUUGAAUCUCGAGAAAGAGCCCCAAGCGAAGGGAAAGGAGAAAGCAGCUGGAUGA